UGGUUUAGUGUUUGAAGCAAAAGGGAGUCAACAGGGAGAGAAGAACUAUCUCAGAGUUGCUCUUGGCCAAGAGUCUAAUGUCCAAACGUGGGGGUUUGUGUGUAAAACACUAUGUCAACUCAAGCAGAGGAGCAAAGGCCUCAGUUACAAUGGCUCUCAUAACAUUCCCCAAACAAAGAGGGUUCUGAGCAGUGAAGAAGGAUGGGGUUUGUAAAAGCGCUCCUGCUGGGACUGUCCACUCUGUCCGCAGCGUGGACUCAGGACCCCCUCGUCCCAACGAUCGACAUUGUGAGUGAGCUGAUGGAGCUGAAAGCUGCUGUCGCCCAGCUGAAAGAGGAGGUGAAAGUGCUGCAGGAAGGUCAGCCAAAAGUAGCAUUCACUGCAACUCUAGAAGUGCCAGGUAGACGUGGACACAUCGGACCCCACAGUAAAGACAUAACGCUGGUCUUCAAACAUGUGAAAACAAACAUUGGUGAAGGUUUCAACUCUACAACAGGAGUGUUCACAGCACCAGUGAGAGGAGUCUACUUCUUCGCCUUCAACUGCUUUGCUGGGGCAUCGAAACCGAUGAGUUCGGCACUGUUUAAAAACAAUGUGAAUGUUGUGUCUAUUUGGGACCAGCCAUCUUCAGGUGACAGUGAGGACAACGGCUUUAACGCUGCCACACUGCUUCUGGAUCCAGGAGACCGUGUUUACAUCAAACUCUGGAAAAACACACAAAUCGCCCUCACUGAUGGUUACUCCACAUUUAGUGGCUUCCUGCUCUACCCCUUAAAAUAAGAAGCAUGAACAUCCAUGAAGAUCAUUAAACUUGAUUCAGUGCUGUAACUUCCCAAAACUGACUGGAGGAUAUGGAAGGUAGAAUUCUAGCCAAAAUGGGAAAGUUCAGUAGGAACUAAUGAUUAUUAGGACUAACAAACAGGGAAUUUAUCUUCAUGUUUGAAACUUGCUUCCGAAUUUUUGUGGAAUAAUUGUUUUUUAAAGAACAGCCAGGCCUUAAAGUCUAUUCUUGGAAAGGUGUUGGAAUUAAGUACUACUUUAUCUAAAUAAUAUAUAGACAUUUAAUUUAGGUCCACAGAUAUCAAUUAAAUAUGUAUAAAUCUUUAUUCAGAAGAAAAGAUGCAUCAAUUAAAUUAUUAUAAACACUGUCCAACAAA